AUGCCAAGCGUGGCUAUCACUGUUCGGACCCUUGCCGUCUAUCGACAAACCCACCGUGUUUGUCCUCGCCUCAGCAUUCACGCAGAAGCAAAAAAACUCUGUCACAUGCAUCAUAUACGUUAUCGGCGGUACCUCGCUGAUCAACUACGUGCUGCCUACGAUGUAUACCUUGAACUACAACGACACGUCUCUCAUCGCCUAGACAAGUGUCUGGGGAGAGAUACUCCAGACUGGCGGAUGCUUAAUUCCUGCACUGCGUGCCAGUACACGCUCGAAGGAGAGCCCCCAUUGCUAUACUCCAUCAUCUGUGCCUGUGACGGCAACAACUCUGCCAAGCUUGUGGACCCUGCAGUUCGCAGUGGAGUUGAGCGCCCAGACCCUCGUUCCGGCACCUCACCUAUUUGGCUCAGCGAGUCUUACGUUGAUCAGUUUGCUGACGAGGUUGGCAAUGCUCGCCGAAACUCUCGCCCUGGCAUACCAUUGGCCCAAGCUAGGGAUCCAGAUGAUCCCUGGAUUGAGGAGCCAGAUUCAUCUGACUCUUCAGAGCCAGUAAGCAUAUGUGUUGAUCGAUGGCGUAACGCAGCUCCGGAAUCCCGCAAGAAAAUGUUCGCUAUCUUCAAGAAUCAUGGCUUCCUUCUUACCAUAUGUGAUAUGGUACGGAGUGGCGAGCUUAUGAAAUAUCCAAUUGCUAGCCUCAAGAAAUUGAUGGACGUGUUCGGCAAGAACAUUCUUUACAGCUAUGACAUUAAAUGCGCCCUGGAAAAGAUACUCCUCCGCAGCUCGCUAGCUGAUCAGAUCAAACAACUGAACCUUCAAGGUGUCGUCCCUGCCUUCCACGGUCACGCACACAAUCGCCUUUGCCAGGUGCAGCACCACUCAAAGUACAAGGUUGGCGCUGGUAAGGAAGACUUCGAGACGUGCGAGCGACUCUGGACUGAGCACUUUCGCUUCGCUGACAUGGACAAAUACGCGAGUUUGUCUAAUUUUCUUUAUCACAAUUACGUGCAAGCAUUGCAGACGAUCUCCGCUACCUCCACUUUCCUCGAUGAGUGCUCAAUCUCACGUGAUGCGCCUUUCGAAAGCGAUUGGAAUGAUGAGAAGGCGUCAUUGCAAACGAUGGCACGCAAGAAAGAGGAAACCGUUGUCGAAAUCGAUUACGUCAAGGCCUUACUUGAAUAUGACAGUGCAUUGUCAAAUUACUCAUCAAAGGAGAUUGGCAACAUUAGGCGACGCCACACGCACGCCGCUGCUAAACGUGACCAAAAGCAGGAGGUCGUUGAAGAUUUUGAGCGCCAGAUGGGGAUUGAACAAAGGUGGGGCCCAGAUCACCCAGAACGCAUCAAGGCGCAGUCACGUAUCAUGCACCGCCUCUUCUUUAAAGCUCUUGAUGACGUUGAGAGGCUGGUAGUCAUGCAAUUGUUGGAGCUCACAAAGUUGCAAAUGAACGGACUCGGUUAUAAACUUCGUACUCAGAUUUCCAAGGCUCUCAAAAGUUGCGCAUCAGCCAUUCGAAACGCCCUUCAACGGUACAACAAAUAUGCUGCCCAAAUGAUCCCUCCACGCCCUCCCCUUGAAUGGGAACAAAUAGUUGAAUUUUCGUUUUUGGCCGAGUUCGACUUACUUCGUGAUGGUGAUGCACAGUUGCACUCCAAACGGUGGGCAAACCCUCUUUAUCAACAAGCGUCCAUGCAAUACUUUGAUGGUAUGCGCGCCAAGGAGGAGAUAGAGAGGUUAAAUGUGGAAAUUGGCUGCCUGCUGACGAAAAUAUGUGAUGACGCUGUUUACUACCCCCAGACUAUUGCAACCCUUGCCGCUGAUGAUCCCCCGCUUGCCUCUGAGCUUGGUCGACAAUGGGACCAGCUCCGCUCCCUCAACUUAUGGCAUUUACAACGGAUUCGCCAAACCCAGGCCCUUCAUGGUUAUUCUGGCCCACUGAAGCCAGCUGAUGUUGAAGAUGCCGAAAGUGAAGAGCCUUACAAUGGAGAACGCAUGCAGCAAGUUGAGGGGUACAUUAGCGGACUUGAGCAUCAUAUUGCAGAUAAUUUGUAG